AGUGACGACAGCGGCCGCGGAGGUCACUUCCUGCUAGGGUGGAUGAGGAGGAGCCGGAGACGCCGCGGAGACCGGAGCGAAGACGGGCCGCGCCGGGGAAAGCAGGAGGGCGAAAAUGAAAGCAGGCUGUAGCAUCGUGGAAAAGCCAGAAGGAGGUGGAGGGUAUCAAUUUCCUGAUUGGGCCUAUAAAACAGAGUCAUCCCCGGGCUCCCGGCAGAUCCAGCUGUGGCACUUCAUCCUGGAGCUGCUGCAGAAGGAGGAGUUCCGCCAUGUCAUCGCCUGGCAGCAGGGAGAGUACGGGGAGUUUGUCAUCAAGGAUCCAGAUGAGGUGGCCCGCCUCUGGGGCCGCAGGAAGUGCAAACCCCAGAUGAAUUAUGACAAGCUGAGCCGGGCCCUCAGAUACUAUUACAACAAGAGGAUCCUUCAUAAAACAAAAGGGAAAAGGUUUACUUAUAAAUUUAACUUCAACAAGCUGGUGAUGCCCAACUACCCAUUCAUCAACAUUCGGUCAAGUGGUGUGGUUCCCCAGAGUGCACCACCAGUGCCAACCGCCUCUUCCCGGUUCCAUUUCCCACCUCUGGACACACAUUCUCCAACUAAUGAUGUGCAGCCGGGGCGGUUCUCUGCCAGCUCCCUAACUGCUUCUGGCCAGGAGUCGGGUAACGGCACUGAUAGAAAGGCAGAGCUUCCGGAGUUGGAGGAUGGCUCCACCACCGACUGGCGCCGGGGUGUGGAUCUUCUGUCCUCCCGGAGUGCCGUUGGUGGAGGGAUUGGCCAUCAGAAACGCAAGCCCGACAUAAUGCUUCCUCUGUUCACCAGGCCAGGGAUGUACCCUGACCCCCACAGUCCCUUUGCUGUCUCUCCGCUCCCCGGCCGUGGAGGUGUUCUGAACGUCCCCCUCUCACCGGCCCUGUCCCUGACCCCCACCAUCUUCUCCUACAGCCCGUCCCCAGGCCUGAGCCCCUUCACCAGCAGCAGCUGCUUCUCCUUCAACCCUGAGGAAAUGAAACACUACCUUCAUUCUCAAGCCUGCUCCGUGUUCAACUACCAUCUGAGUCCCCGGACAUUUCCCCGUUACCCAGGACUCAUGGUCCCGCCACUGCAGUGCCAAAUGCACCCAGAGGAGUCGGCCCAGUUCUCUAUCAAGCUGCAGCCGCCGCCAGCUGGGCGGAAGAACAGGGAGAGGGUAGAGAGCAGUGAGGAGUCAGCCCCCGUCACUGCUCCCACCAUGGCUCCUGUCCCCCCAAGAAUUAAGGUGGAGCCAGCCUCUGACAAGGAUCCCGAGAGUCUCAGGCAGUUGGUGCGAGAGGAGGAGCGCUCCCAUGGGGAGGGCGCUGUGCCAAGUAGGACCAUAGAUGAAGAGAAGGGCACUGUCUUUGCCCGCCCAGCUGCACCAGUCUGGCCCUCUCUCUCCAUGAGCACCCCAAGUGAGGAACCCCUGGAGGUGACUGAAGACAGUGAGGACAGGCCCGGCAGAGAACCCAGCGCACCUGAGAAGAAAGAAGAUGCCUUGAUGCCCCCCAAGCUCCGGUUGAAGCGGCGCUGGAAUGAUGACCCUGAAGCUCGAGAGCUGAGAAACGAGCCACAGCGCCCAUCCCGGGGGCUGGGAGGCGGGAAGCCCUGCUGCAGGCUCCUUGGACUUUCCCCUCCUUCACCUGGUAAGAAGCCAUGAGGAGUUGUAAGCUCUCAUUCAGGGAAGAAAGAAGAGGGCAGGAGGAAGUAACCCAAUGCCUUUAAAAACAAAAACACAAAAAUGAUCUUCAUUUUUCCUUUUCCAUUGUGGGUUUGGAAAGCCAAACCACAGUGUGACUGUGAGUUCACCGGACAGCACGACCCUGGAGAUGUCUGCGUUGUGUCUGCUUCUCUGACCGUUUCCUAAGUCAAGCCUUAACAAUGAACACACUUUCACGUGAUACGGGUCUGUCAACAUAAACCUGUAAAAGGGCACGGACAACUUUUCAGAUGACCCAGGAAUGUUGAAACAUGGUUAAAUUUCGAGCUGGUAUUUAGUUGUCCCCUCGUGACUUCAUGAGGAUGGGGAGCAGAAAGGUGGGAUUUGUGGGAGCUCGGGGCAGAUGUUACCUGGAAGCGCAGAAAGUAGCUGGGUUGCAAGUGGAUGUUUGUCGAGGCUGAAAGCAGAGAUGGAUAGAAGUAGAAGGCAGCCAGAUGCCAGAGCCUGGUAGGAAUGACAGAGUUGCUAUCUGUCCGUGGUGGUCGUGGUGGUGCCAUUCCUGCCGUACCCAUUCCCCUAGAUUGUUCUCAUUCUCGUGAUCAGCUGACCAUCCUACAUGAGACUCCAGUUUACAGUGAGGAGCUGUUUCUCCAUGGGAAAGCCCUUUCCCAUCAGCACAAAGGAACAGGCAGGUAUUGCUCUUGCGUGAAGCAAAAGGGGCCUGGGAGGGGGCAGAGAGAAGCCAUUACCACCCAAGUAUGUGUGCACGCAUCUCUGUGGUAUACAGAGGAGAUGCUGAAGUGGCUCAUAUCUGCCUGACAUAGAGACCAGGAUAGAGUAGAGGGCUUUGUAUCCGAUGGAGGCAAGAAGUGGGCACAGGGGUGGCAUCUAGGAAUUGGAGAGAUCCCCGACUCCACCUUAGCCUAAAUAAAGUCUAUACUGAUAAAUACUCAAGGGUUGUCUUUUACGGGGGGACUGGGGAGUUCUUUUUGAAAGGAGUGCAUGAGCGAGGGCAGAAAAGGUCAGAUCAGGUGAGUGGUUUGUUAGGUGGCUUGGGGUGACUUGCAUCCAUCUGGCAAGUCCUCAUCCAAUUCAAGUUCCACAUAGUGACUUGUCUUUCCAUAGGGAAGGGAUCGGGAGUGCAGUCCUUGUCACCUCAGGCUCUGGUCAGGCUGCAAAGGGCUCCCUGUUCAGGCUCCUUCUGGUUGGUUGUUUUUGUCCAUUUCUCUCUCUGCACCUCUUACCUCGGAUCAGAAAGCAAGCCCAGGCAGGUGCAGGACUGCUCUCUGCUUGGCGUUGCCCAAUCUAACCAGGGAGGCUGGCCGGCCCCCGUCUGUCCAUGAGAGCCGAGGGCCAGCAUAUGUCAGUAUGAACUCAGGAAUAGAAACUCGAGGCCUUUAAAAUAAGAGGGAGAAAAAUCCGCAAUGCAUACCUGUAACCCCCUGGAACCCAAGUGCCAGAAUUAAUUCCUAGAUGCUGCUUCUGUUUGAACAAAAAGCCACUGCUUUUACACUUGAAAAAACACACUCGAAAAAUGUUCAACUCCAUGAAAACUGUUUUUCGGCUUUAAGAACUUAUUUGGUGUUUUUACUGUUUCCUUUGACUGCCAUUCCACCAGUAAAUCAUUGGUUGAUUUGCAUUGCACACUGGGGCUGGGGCAGAGGGUGCAGGGGUCCUUACACAGAGCCAGAUUUGGGUUCGCUCAGGAACGGGGCGGGAAUGUGGAAGUCAUUGCAGUUCCUGGGGCACCAGGGUGCGGGGGAGGGGACUUUCUCACCUUCCGGACCUGCUCUUGGCAGCACCUGUCGCCAGCCGGCACAGAGCCAGGCCUUUCUCAUGCACUUUUCAUCACUGUCCGGUGGCAGGUGGGAAAGGGGGACAAAACCAGACCUGUUUCCUCCCCCAUUUUUUCCAAAUUUCAAUGUGCCAAAUCUUUAAAACUUUGCAGAUACAAAUCUCGAAAUUUCAUUAAUCAGAACUUGUUCAUGUAAACAGUUCGCUUUUUUGACUAUAGGAAAAACAGUAGAGAUCUCUUAAGAGCAUCCAGCAUGGCUGAGCUCCCCCUUUUUUUUUUUGAGGACAGCUAGAAGUGUAAUAGAAAUGACUCCCCAGGUCCCUCCAACCCAGUCUUCAGGCUGCACUGCAUUAAACCAGCUCGCUAGCUAACACAGGGAAAUACUGCACCCUAGUCCUCCAUGGGCCAAGAAACUUCCAGAAGCAUUAAAACAUAGUUGAAGUACAUCACUUCUCACCAUGCGGGUAGUCAGUUGGCUAUUUGUCCCUUGUGUUUUAUUUAUUCCAUAAUUAUGUUUGUACUGUUUGUUUUGUAAAGGGUAAUGAAACAUACAUUUUAAUUUUGCUUAAAAAAUUUGACCCAAUCUUUCAAGAACUGUUCUAUUUUUCAUUGGGGGGGGGGGGGUGGUUAAUCAGUUAAUUUGUUUUGAAAUAUCUGGGUGUUCUUUGAGUUAAAAAAUUGUGAGGCAGGGAUUUGUGAGUGAGACAUUCACAUGUGAAAGACUUCACUAGUUAUCCGCUUCAGCAGAAUAAAGUGUGUAUAUGUACAUAGAUGUAA